AUUCUACACGCAUUUUUGCUAUCGAGUUCAGUUCCUGUUCACACAGUAUAUAAGGAUUAUUGGUCAGUGUGAAGCUUUGCUGAUUUUGUACAAUUUACGAUGUGGUUGCUGGUGGUGUUGGUGUGGUUGUUGGUUUCGGCUAUUGGUUCUUACUGGUAUCUGUUCGGCAAACCAAGCCCUUUCUCAGUAGAAUCAGUUAGACCUCCGGGUCCAAUAGAGCUGGACCAGAAGAAGAGAGACAAAAUUCUGAAGCAAGGGUUCAAGAAAGAGAAGGUUCCAGAGAAUCUGGAUGCUAUCGUGAUUGGUAGUGGCAUUGGUGGCCUGGCUGCAGCAGCAACUCUUGCUAAAUUGGACAAGAGAGUGCUCGUGCUGGAGCAACAUGAACAAGCUGGAGGCUGCUGUCACACAUUUACUGAGAAAGGGUUCGAGUUUGAUGUAGGGCUACAUUAUAUUGGUCAGCUACAUGAGAACAGUCUGUUUAAGAUCAUCAUGGACCAACUCACAGAAGGACAACUACAGUUUAAGGAACUAGACCAACACUUUGACACUGUAGUGAUAGGUAGAGGAGAAGAAAUCCGGAAAUACACACUUCACAGCGGCAAAACUGAGAUGGAAGAGCAUCUGAAAAAGCAGUUUCCUGAUGAUGCCAAAGCUGUAGAGGAAUACUUUAAGAUCAUGAAGAUUUCAGCCAGGAAGACACACUAUUUGGCUUCACUAAAGCUCAUUCCUCAGUGGUUGGCACUUUUCCUGCUUAAGAGUGGCAUUGCCGGCCUCUGCAGCUCCAUCUUUCGACUUGUAAGCACUAAUGCCACUGAAGUUGCAGAGAGUCUGACCUCUAACAAGGACCUCCACACAGUCUUCAACUAUUUUUUCUAUGGCGUUCCACCAAAAGUUUCCAGUUGUGUUAUUAAUGCCCUGCUGUUGCACCACUACAAGCGUGGAGCAUAUUACCCAAAAGGUGGCGCCAGUGAAAUCCCAUUCCACAUCACCAAGGUCAUCCAGAAGUUUGGGGGACGUGUGCUGGUCCGUGCUCCUGUAAAUCGCAUCCUGGUUGACAAUAAGGGAGCUGCAUAUGGUGUCACUGUGAAAAAAGACCAAGAGGAUGUUGAAGUGCGAGCUCCUGUUAUCAUCUCUAACUGUGGAGUCUUCAACACCUUCCAGAAAUUUCUUCCAUCACAUAUACAAUCCAAACCAGAGAUUCAGGAGCGGCUGAAUAUGAUGAGACCCGGACGAGGAUGCCUUUUAGUGUUUUCAGGUUUCGAUGCAACACAGGAGGAACUGGGCAUCACUUCAACCAACGUGUGGUCCUUUAGGACUAAUGAUAUGGAUGCCAUGAUGGAUGAGUUCUUCAGUAUGGGGAAGGAUGAAGCUCCAGAUAACAUUCCCAUGAUGUACUUUACAUUUCCAUCUGCCAAAGAUCCAACAGCAACAAUCCGUCACCCAGGUAAAUCUUGCAUGACCAUUCUAACAAUGGUAAAUUAUGAAUGGUUUGAGGAGUGGAAGGAGACCAGUGAGAAAAGAGGGGAUGACUAUUUAGCCUACAAGAUGAGAUUUGCGAACAAUCUCUUUGACUUGGUCUGCACUCACUACCCCAAACUGAGAGAUAAGUUGGUGUUUCAGGAAGUCUCCAGUCCAUUGUCUAAUGCAUACUAUCUUGGUUCUUAUUUGGGAUCCAUGUACUCAGCUGAGCACAACUUGGAACGCUUUCAGCUUGAGGCCCUUGCCAGAAAUCGCUGUGAUACCCCUGUAAAAAAUCUUUUCAUUACAGGUCAAGAUGUGUUCAGCUGUGGCAUUGCAGGGGCAUUACAUGGUGGCCUUCUCUGUGCAUCCACCGUGCUCAAACACAUUGUGUACAUUGACCUUUUGAUGCUAAAGAAGAAGCUGAAAAGAAAGAAGGCAAGAGAAACUACUGAACAUGUUAAAAAGCUGAUGUGAAUCAAUGGAAAACGUGACUGCACCUGAUGGAAACAAUGACCCGCUAACUUGUGGAACAAAUUUUUUUUUAUAUGCAGUCAGCCUUUUUGUUUUUUGCAAAAUGUUUAGUCCAAAUUAGGAAACAAUACAUUUUUUUUGCUUUAAUAAGAUAUAAACUAACUGAAACUAAACUGAAUAAAAAUUGAAUGAAUGGAUAAAAGAAAGAAGCAAGUACAUAAUGCAAUUAAUUUAUUCUUGUUUUUCAUUGGAGUGUCCUUUAUUUAAUGAUGCUCUGUAUUUUUUACUUCUCAACCUGCAAACUUCAGGUCUGAAAUGAAAAGUCAUAUUUAUGGAAAAACUAAAUUCUAUAACUAAUUUGAAUAGCUAAGUUACACACUUAGCUAUACAUGAGUUAACAUUUAUUUUAUACUUGUAAUGUUGUAAGGAAUAAAUUGACAAACCAACUAAUAAAAAGUAAUUAAGCAUUUUAAAUAAAUUUCUAAGAAGUUUCCACUUAAAUGUAAAUAUAAUAUGUAUAUAAUAAUCAUAUUCUCAAAAUUAAUUCAUGCAUUGAUUUGAUUUAUUUUGCAAAGCAAAUUUAAACGUUAUAUCCGAACAUGUAGAUUUUUGAAGUCACCCAAACAGCUGCAUAAUUCACAAUAAAUACUUCAAAAUAUGUGUAGUGGUAUCUGGGAGCAGGUUGUGUCUCCAUGGAUUGGAUUCGUUUGUCCCGCAAAUCGCACAGUAUUGUGAAAUUUAACACCAAAGUAAAUCAAAGCAUUACAAAAUGAUAUGUGUGGUGUGGAAGGAUGCAUUAUCCUGCGAAAGAGCCUACUGCCAGUAGGAAAUAUAAUUGCUAUGAAGGGGUGUACCUGGUGUGCAACAGCGUUAAUGAAUGUAAAACAACAACAACAUAAAUGCCAGGACCCCAUUAAGCAACACACAUGCCUACGCCCUUCUGAAAGAUGUAAAAGAAACCAUGACCAGAACUUUUUUAUGUGCGAAUGGUUCAGUUCUGAUGCACACAUGCCCAUUGAAGGGUUUUUCUGUGGUGGACAGGAGUCACUUUUGGUUAGUAAUUUACUUACCAUUUUGGAGGUGUUGUGACCCAGUCAUCUAGACAUUAGAAUUUGGACUGUAUUAAAGUCACUCUGAUUUGUA